AUGAAGACAUUUGCCAGCUUUAUUGAGUCCAGAAUUGUAGCCUGCUAUCUCCGAAUGAAAAGGCCUAACCCGGCAUUGCUGCAUUCCUACAGGAGCAUCCAGCUAAACCCCAUUUGUUUUCAGAACCACCUUCGACAAGCCAUGGUGUAUCGACUUCUGGGAAACCCCUGUGAGGCAGCGAGGGGCUCCAUGAUUGCUGACUACAUUUACUGGCUGUCAGGAGGCAACAACCAGCACAUAAGCGAACUCAUCAAACUCUAUUGGCAGGUGAGGACGGAUGGGCUGCUGGGGGCUCCUGGAGGCAGCACGUACUUUGAGAAUAAUUUUGCAAUCAUGUUCACUCCCUGGUUUGGAAAACCAUCCUCAAACACCAUUGAGAAGGUGGAGGCGGCCUUCCAGAAGCUUUAUCCACCCUUCACAGACUACAUCUUUACUGGGCAAAAAUCUCCAUUCACUACUCCCAACUACAGAGACCUGGAAAUGAUAUAUGAGAUGCAAGGAAAGAAGAUUCUGCCAGUUCUGGAUUUUAUUAAGUGCACCAAGCUAAGUGUGGGAUUUUCCACAGGAUCUGGACUCAUAGAGCGGCUGCAGUAUGCUAGCAUCCUGGGACAGCUGAAUAGGUUCAGAGAACAUACGCAUGUACUGCAGUACAGACUGGCACAGCUGGCGGUCGCACGUUACCUGCAGGACAUCAGUCCUUCUGGCACAGAGCUGCUGCUGGCUCUAAUGGCAGACACCAUGGACACCCUUGAAGGCAAGCGCUCUGAUCAGGAACGUGUGUGGAAUGCAAUGCAAAAGGUGGAGCUGGGGGAGGUGGAGGGAUUCAGAGGAAUUGUGAACUCUGCAGGACCAUCUUACAGCGAACACUGA